AUGGAAGCCUUAAAACUACAGAAGAAAUAUCCAGAAUUCACACGAGAUGAGAUGUUCGAUCUCAUUAAUCGAUUCAAUGGAUUAAAUACCGACACCCCGGGACGAGUGGACAAAUCUGCAGUGCUCCAUGCUCUACAAUCGAGUGGGCAGUCGUACGAUGUCGCGAGGGAGACGUUGAAGCACGUCAGUGUCGAUGCGAGCGGAAAGGUUGAGCUCGACGACUGGGUGGAGCUCAACGCAAAGCUGCGCUCGCAAACGAAAGGCUCUAUCACCACGAAGGCGGGGAAGGUGACGGUACAAGGCUCUAAUGCCAACGUCAGUCAUACCAUCAACGAAGAUGAGCGGGCGGAAUUCACGAACCACAUCAACCUGGUAAUCGAAAACGAUCCAGACAUCGGGAACCGAUAUCCCAUCCCCACAGAUACGAUGCAGCUCUUCGACGAGGUCAAGGACGGUCUGAUCCUCUGUAAACUCAUCAACGAUUCCGUUCCGGAUACAAUCGACACGCGGGUCCUCAACAAGCCCCAAACACGCAAACCACUCAACGCCUUCCAGAUUACGGAGAACAACAACAUCGUCAUCACGUCGGCGAAGGGCAUCGGGUGCUCUGUGGUCAACAUCGGCGCCUCAGACAUUUCAGAGGGUCGCGAGCAUCUCAUCCUCGGUCUCAUUUGGCAGGUCAUCCGACGCGGUCUGCUUGCCCAGGUCGACAUCAAGCUGCACCCCGAGCUGUACCGGCUGUGCGAGGAGGGUGAGACCAUCGAGGAUCUGCUGCGACUGACGCCAGAUCAGAUCCUGCUCCGCUGGUUCAAUUACCAUCUCAAGGCUGCUGGAUGGAACCGUAGAGUGAACAACUUCAGCCGCGAUGUCUCAGACGGCGAGAACUACACUGUGCUUCUCAACCAGCUGAAGCCGGAUCAGUGCUCUCGCGCACCGCUGCAGACGCGCGAUGUUCGACAACGUGCUGAGCAGGUGCUCCAGAACGCAGACAAGAUCGGAUGCCGGAAGUACCUCACGCCAUCCUCCCUGGUCUCCGGAAAUCCACGUCUAAACCUUGCCUUCGUCGCGAACCUGUUUAAUACGCACCCUGGUCUCGAACCACUCGACGAGGAGGAGGCAAAGGAGUACGGCCAGGUCGAAGACUUCGAUGCCGAAGGCGAGCGUGAGGCGCGGGUUUUCACCCUAUGGCUCAACUCUCUCGGCGUCGAGCCAGCUGUGUUCAAUCUAUUCGAGAACCUCCGUGAUGGGCUGGUCAUUCUCCAAGCGUUCGACAAGAUCUCGCCCGGAAGCGUCAUCUGGCGACGUGUCUCAAAGCCGAAGGAGGGUGCUGGCCCAGCGACCUACUUCAGUGGUGGAGACGAAGACGAGGGCGCGGACAUUGGUGUUACGCCCAAUCAGAGCACACUGACAAGAUUUAAGAUGCUCGAGAAUACCAACUACUCUGUUGAACUUGCGAAGCAGAAUGGCCUUCACAUGGUCGGCAUCCAGGGUGCGGAUAUCGUCGACGCGAAGAAGACCCUUGUUCUAGGACUCGUCUGGCAGCUGAUGAGAAUAAGCAUUACGAAGACUCUCUCUCAGCUUUCCAAAUCCUCCGGACGACCUCUGACCGAUCAAGACAUGCUCCGUUGGGCCAACACCACCGCUCAGAAGGCGAAACCGAGCGUGCGUCCCAUCCGAUCCUUCAAGGAUCCAUCCAUUACCACCGGCCUGUUCUUCCUCGACCUCCUCGACGCUAUUCGCCCAGGCAUCGUUGACCCCAAUCUCGUCAUCCCAGUUACUGAGAAUGGAGACUACGAAGAUCGUAGGCAGAAUGCCAAACUCGCGAUCUCGAUCGCACGUAAAAUGAACGCUCUCAUCUUCUUGGUCCCUGAAGAUAUUGUUGACGUUCGGCCCCGUCUCAUUUUGACCUUCGUUGGGAGUUUGAUGAGCAUCGCGCAAUAA